AUGAGCGACCAAGUUACGAUCAAUUCUGAAAAUCUGCACGAAACUCCGAUCACAGUGAAGUGGUCGGGAGAACAUCUAAGGAGAACUCCGGCCCAAGCUUUAGGCACAAUUGUGUCUAAUUUUGAGAACGAUGUCAUACAAAAUGAUGACACAGUACGGGGAGUGGAGCAGUUCGAAGGACAUGAAGAGUCCUACGAGCUCUUUUAUCCCUAUUACUCAAAUGAAGUCGAAAUCGAGUACGAAGAGGAGCCGAGGGAAACUGAGUUUGAUCGGAGCUCAGUCUACUCAUCGGACACAUGGACGGACGACAGCUAUGACGCCGACGAUGAAUAUGAAGAGAUUUCUGAUGAUGAAGGAGACGAAAUCGAAGAGAAGGGUGUCAAAGUGGCGGCAGACGCCAAAGAAGAAGAGGAACAAAUCGACGUAGUCACUGUCGAUCCAUUUGAUCGUUCAACCGACUGGAUGGAACGGAAGUUGAUUAUUGUGGUGAAAGAAGGGGAGCUAGAGCUCAUUCCAGUCGCGGAGUACGAAGGCGAAGAUGCGGAAGAAGAACAGGCAUUGGAUUUCGUGAACGAACAGAGUGAUGAGGACAAUGAAGAGGAAGUAGAGAUGGAAGACGUGCAAGGCAACGAAUCGCACUCUUUCCAGGAGCAAUCGGAGGUGUUUGGAUCGGGGGAUGGAGAACACCAUUUGGAGCCGGAUCAGGAGCAUCAGAUGAAUACGGAAGUCUAA